CAAUAUAUAAACAUAUACACGUUCUCGCAGUUCGCAGAGUAUCAGAUCGUUUAUUACUAAAACAACAAGUAUAGCUCAAUAUGAUCAAGUACGAAAUAUUUAUUUUCGCUGCCGUAUUAUCCGGUUCAAUCGCUCGUAUUAUACAACGCACAACGGAGGAGGAGAGAGCUGAAUUCAGAGUUGUACACAAAAAUUGUCAAGGGAACCCGGUCACAUUUGCGGAUGAAAGUUUCAUUGAUAAUUUAUUUGAAGGAGUUUUUCCUGAAGACUAUCAAGUGAAAGUACACUUGGUAUGCAUGCACAAAGGUUUAAAAAUGAUGACUCCUGAUGGAAAAUUGAAUGUGGAUGUAAUCAAAGGAAAGUGGGCCAAACACGCUAAUGGGGAACAUUUGAAUAAACUACAGCAAUGUUUAGUGGAGAAGAGUUCACCAGAGGAAACAUCUUGGCAAUUCUUAAAAUGUCAACAUAACAUCAGAGUGGCUCUAUAUGGAAAUUAUUGAUUUUUGGAAUGUUUUUUUGAAAGACUAACAUAUAUAUGUUUCUUUUAUAAAAUUAUUAUAAUUUUAAGAAAGAAUUGUGUUUUUCUUUAAUAAUAAAGCAUAAAAAAGAAUAA